UAGUCGCAUACACCAAAAGCAGAAACCGAACGUUGUUGCUUGCAAGCUUUGAGGUUUAGGCACCGGCCGCCAUGCUCCCAUGCCCGCUUCCAUCCAUAUCAUCAUCGCCUUCGCGACUGCGCCAUGUUUUCCUCAUUGCUUCACGCCUGAGUAGCGUUCGAUCGGCAGUAGCCACAUGACGCCACACGCUUCGGCCUCCGCAAGCGUAUAUCCGAUCCGGAAGUCGACACCCUUUUUGCCCUGCCGUGCACCGAUCAUUCACCACCCCAGCUAGCUCAAAUCCAGUGCCUUGCAAGCCAGCGGAUCCUCAUGCCGUGACAACGGGUCUCUUUAUCUAUAUACACGCGCUCCCUGCUCGUUGCCUCCAUCUCCAGCAGCAGCAGCGCGACCGUCAUCGUCAUCGGGUUUCUUCUAGCAAUCAGUGCAAACAAGAAGAAGAACCAGGCCAUGGCGUCUCUGGUCAGGUCGUUCGCGUCGCUCUACUGCCAGAAGCUCCGUUCCACCACCCGUCUCGGGCCGGUGACGGCAGCGCCACCACGGUUCCACGCGACCAACAGGCAGAUGUUCUCGGCCUCCAGCGGCGCGGCUGAGGCGAGACCUCCGCCGGCGCUGCCGCGCCAGUUUCAGGAGCAACAGCGGACACCUUUCUUCACCUGGGCAAGAUUGGCGAUUGGCUCUGUCCUUGCUGCCGCGGCACCCUUCGUGCACUCCAGAUGGGUGUCGUUCCUGCGGAUUCAGAGUGAGGUCGAGAUGGUGAAAGACACGGUGGAGGUGGUGGCAGAAGUCGUCGAGGAGGCGGCCACCGUUGCGGAGAAGGUGUCGUCGGAGGUGGCCGAGCAGCUGCCCGAGGGCGGGAGGCUGAGGACCGCGGCCGUGAUCAUGGAGCACGCGUCCAAGGAAGUCGCCCAGGAGGCUCACCUUGCACAGGACAUCAUCCACAAGGUGGAUGAAAUUGAGGAGGACGUGAAGGCCAUCAUUGAGCCGAUUAUGGAUCACAGCAAGCAUGUUCAUGCGAAGGCAUGCCACACGAGUAACAGGAAAAUAAUCAAAGAUCCCAAUGUCUAUGUGGCUAUUUCAUUCUCAAAUGUAAGAAAUUCUUAAUAUUUCUAAGGCAGUGUAGUCCCAUGUCAUUCGUUCUGAUUUGAGUAAGAAGAAACUGAUAAUGAACC